UGAAAUCCGAACCGAUGCCUGCGGCGCAGCGACCGAGCGGCGAGCCAUCUUCAUUCGAAUUUCAAAUUCCCCUCCCCUUGUUUCUUCUUCUUCCACCCCGCACCUACCUACCCUGGCCAAAGAGGAUCCUUCCAUUCCAUAAUAACCAUCCCUUUCCUUUCGCCAGAUUGGGAUUGGGAUUGGGAUUGGGUACAGCACCACCACCAGCAGUAGCGUGAUGGGCUGCGUCUCCUCCUCCUUGCUCGAGGGGGACGGCGCCGAGGACGACCGCCGCCGCAUCAUCUCCCACCACCACAUCGUCUCCCUCACCUCCUCCACCUACGGCAUCCUCACCAGUCCGCGAGCCUACUCCUCCUCCUCCUCGUCGUCGUCUUUUACCGCCAAGCCCGUUGCCCUUGGCCCAGAGCCGUUCGCUCCGCCGCCGACCACUCGUUGCGCGCCGCCUCCUCCCCCUCCUCCUCCGCUGCCGCCUCCAGCAAGACAACAAGCACCCCCACCACCGAAACCCGAAUCCCAGCCCCAGGCGGAGGUCAUCAACUCCUGGGAGCUCAUGGCCGGCCUCGUCGACCCCUCCACGCCGGCCAAGCCCACCACGCCCUCCUCCGGCAGGGACCACCAGCGCCGUCGCCGGAUCCCUCUCCGCGCCAUCGACGGCAACUCCUCCGCUUUCAAGGCAAGCCCCUGUUCGUCCUCCCCGUCCGCGGUUGUGCUCUACACCACCUCCCUCCGCGGGGUCCGCGCCACGUUCGAGGCCUGCAACGCCGUCCGCGCGGUGCUGCAGGCGCACGGCGUCGCCUUCCGGGAGCGCGACGUCUCCAUGGACCGCGGCUUCAGGGACGAGCUCAGGAGCAAGGUGUGCGGCGCCAGAGCACCGGCUUUGGCGGCCAUGCUCCCGAGGCUCUUCGUGCGGGGCCGUCACGUGGGCGGCGCGGAGGACGUGCUGCGCCUCGACGAGGAGGGCCUCCUGGCGCCGCUGCUGGAGGGCCUGCCCAGGGCGCGCGGAGGCGGGGCCUACUGCUGCGACGGAUGCGGUGGCAUGAGGUUCCUGCCCUGCUUCGACUGCUCGGGGAGCCGCAAGCUGGCUGUCACGCUUCCCGUGCCCGCCGCCUCCACGGCAUCCUGCAGCUACAGGCGGCGGAAGGUGGUGGUGGUGCGAUGCGGGGAGUGCAACGAGAACGGCCUCGUGCUCUGCCCAAUCUGUUCCUGACCAUCAUUGCCCAUUGGGGUUGCAGCCGUGCAGAGCAACAAACCCCGGCCCUUUGAUCUUUGCUGAUGCUGGUUGGUGGACUGAUGAUUCAGCAAUCAGCAAGCAGAGGCAGUCUCACUCUUAAUUCCUUUCUUUCAUCGACGAUUCAAGAUUGAUCCUGUGCCAGUCUGCCCUGCCUGGAUUCAAGCAAAUUUGCAAUGCAACUCUUUUGUUUGCCUGCUACUAUUCUGAUGAUGAUCAUCA